AUGGAUUGGAUUUAUCCAUUAUUAUACCUCACCGUGUUAACGAUUCCUUCGCCAUAUGCUUUAUUUGUUCCACAAAUUUUCUCAUUUGUAAUUAUUUCUCUAUUUGACAAUAUUACAGGAUUCAAAGCAUUGACUGCAUUAGAACCAUCUUCAACCCGAAUUAUUGUACACGAAAUAUGUGCAAUAUUUUAUUUAUUAGUGACAUUAUUUCAAUCUAGCAAAUCAGAUUCAUUUAAAUGGAUAAUAUACGCAUUAAAUGGUGCAUUGCUAAUGGCAACAUAUGGCGCAGUAAUAAAACACGAAGCUUUGCAUAUGGGAGGUAAACUAUACAAAAUAAGAUCGAGUUUUGUAUACUUGAUGGCAAAUUUAAUCGAUAUUACUCUUGGCAUGAGUUGGGGAUUUGGACAAUACCAUUGGAAAGGGCACCAUGUUAAAUUUGCAUGUCCUGAAGAUUUUGAUACACCAUAUUUUAAUGAGUCAUUUUGGGAAUUUCUUCCACGAAAUUGGAUGGGCAAUUUUUAUUAUGGAAGUAGAGUUGAUUCUAUAGUUAUUAUAAUUACAUUCUUCAGUUGUUCGUAUCUAAUUCUUGGUUGGAAAGCUUUAGCUCAUCUUUUGCUACAAAGUAUUGUUACACAAAUAUCAUUUUCAUCAAACGCAUAUACGCAACAUUACGGGUUGAAUCGAAAUUUGACGUACAAAUCAGUGGAUAAUAAUAAAGAGCUUAGGUCACACACUUGGGAUAGUCCCGGAUGGUUAUUUAAUUCGGUAUUUAUGGGAGCAGGAUUUCAUCACGCACACCAUGUGAAAUAUCUGAAAAAGCUAGCAAAAGAGAGUGUACCACUUAAUUCGGGAAUUGGAAUAUUAGAUUCGGCUAGUUUGGCUUUAUUUCCACAAUUAUGGUUUAAGAAGAUUAAUCCGUUGAUACCAACUGAAAUACGUUUAAUAAAGAAAAAUGAUUUUAUUGAAAUGAUGGAUGUUGAACUUAUUAACGAGUUUACUGUAAAUGGUCGAAAUAGCAUAGAAUAUGCAAACAAGUCACAAACGUAG